CAGCAAAGCGGAUCUCUUCUCCAUAUCUUUUAUUUUUCUCUCUCUCCAUCCAGCCCGCCGACACGCACACUUGGCUGCCACUCUCACUUUUAACCCUUAUAUUUUUUUAUUUCUUCCCAGAGCGUCUUGACUUUUUUAUUUCUUCCGCUCCGUUUCACGGACCCGUGUGGAUUUUACGCUUUUUACUAACCUCCACCUUGGACCUCCGGAGCUUUCUGACCCGGACGCUCCGUGCCUACACGCCAUGUCGCGGCCGUUACUGUCGUGUCUCCUGCUGCUUGUAUCAGCGCAGACGGCCGUCUCCUCCGGGGUCUUCGAGCUGAAGAUCAAUUCCUUCACCAGCGCCCGCAGCGUCUGUCGCUUCCAGUCCCGGGACUGCCAGAUCUUUUUCCGCGUGUGCCUCAAGCACUCGCAGGACGUUAUCAACCCGGAGCCGCCGUGCACGUACGGCACCGCGCUCACGGAGAUCUUCGGCGCAGACUCCAAAUCCAUCUCCGGGAGCGCGCCCAUCAGGGUGCCGUUCCACUUCAAGUGGCCGGGGACUUUCUCUCUGAUCAUCGAAGCGUGGAACGCGGAGUCUUCGGGUCUGGAGUCUACAGAAAACCAGAACAACCUCAUCAGCCGGUUGGCGACCCGCCGCAGGCUGACCGUCGAUGAGGAGUGGUCACAGGACGUGCACUUUGGCAACCAGAGCGAGCUCCGCUACUCGUACCACGUGGUGUGCAACGAGCACUACCACGGUGAGGCCUGCUCCUCCUACUGCCGGCCCCGCAAUGACACCUUCGGCCACUACACCUGCAACGACAACGGGGACCGCCGCUGCUUGGAGGGCUGGAGGAGCGAGUACUGCUCUGACCCCAUCUGUGCAGCGGGGUGCAGCGUCGAGCACGGCUUCUGCGAGUCUCCUGGGGAGUGUGUGUGCCGGCAGGGCUGGCAGGGCGAGCGCUGCGACGAGUGCGCCCGACACCCCGGCUGCCUCCACGGGACCUGCCAGCAGCCAUGGCAGUGCAACUGCCAGGAGGGAUGGGGAGGCCUGUACUGUGACCAAGACCUGAACUACUGCACCAACCACAAGCCGUGCCAGAACGAUGCUUCGUGCACCAACACUGGCCAGGGCAGCUACACGUGCACCUGCAGGCCCGGGUUCACUGGCAAGAACUGCGAGAUCGAGACCAACGAGUGCGACAGCAACCCCUGCAAGAACGGUGGCAGCUGCAAAGAUUUGGAGAACGAUUAUUCGUGCGAGUGCCCUCAGGGCUUCUAUGGGAAGAACUGCGAGAUCAGCGCCAUGACAUGCGCAGAUGGGCCGUGUUUUAACGGAGGAACCUGCUACGAAAACGUUGCUGGCGGGUACAGCUGCCGCUGCCCGCCUGGGUAUACGGGCUCCAACUGCGAGAAGAGGAUCGAUAGAUGCAGCAGCAACCCCUGCGCUAACGGCGCUCAGUGUUUGGACCUCGGUAAGCGCAUCAUGUGUCGCUGUCGCGCUGGCUUCACCGGCUCUCGCUGCGAGACCAACAUCGACGACUGCGCCGGCAACCCCUGCCGCAACGCGGGCACUUGCGUUGACGGCGUCAACGACUUCACCUGCACGUGCACACUCGGCUUCACCAGCAAGGACUGCUCCAUGCGCACCAGCCCCUGCGACCAGUUCCCCUGCGACAACGGCGGCGCGUGUUACACCCACUUUACCGGCCCCGUGUGCCAGUGUCCACCGGGCUUCAUGGGCGCACGCUGUGAGUACUCCGUCGGCAGGCCGACCACAAGACCGCCGUGGAACGGUGACACCCCUUCUGCUCUGAUUGCCGCCAUUGCCCUCGGCCUGGUGACGCUGACCCUGCUGGUUUUGGCCGCCAUCCACAUUCUGCGUCAGCUCCGCUGGGGCAGGGAGCUAACGGGCAUUACCACGUCGGUGAAGAACGACCUGGAGACGGUGAACAACCGCAACGCGGUGAUCGGUGGGGGGGGGCCCUACAACGGGAGCUUGCCAGGAGCGCCACUGUGUAGCCUGAGAGAGAAGGAGGCCUUCCUCAUCCCGGGGGGGCAACUUAAAGUGUCCAAUAAGGAUGCAGCACUGGUGGAGAACGGUGGCGACAACAUGACCAUCUUUAAAAACAAAAUGGCCGACUGUAACCUGGCGAAUGACGAGCAGCGCCUGGCCAGGAACAAGUUUGACCUUAAGAAGUGUGACUCGUCCAUGAAGGACAGCCUGUAUCAGCCAGUGUUCAUCAUCCCGGAGCAGAUGGAGCAGUGUGUGUUUGCCACUGAGGUAUAACCUCCAGUUUUCAGACUGCCGGGGGACUUUUACGCUGAAGGCUUGAAAGGUUUUCACCGAGAGGAUCUAUUCGACACACUUUAUUUUAUUUAAUAUUUAUUUCUGCUGCUCAACAGAAAGAAACUAAAAGAAAGGAUUUAUUUUUUUCAUUAUUUUCUGCUUAAAUAUUGACAAUGUACGGAUGACAAUUAAUCUGUUAAGAAAGAAAGAACAACAAAGGAGAGAAAAGAGGAAGAGCGAAUAUCUGGCAUCAUUUGCACUAUUUAUCUUUUUUUAUACUUUAAAUCUUAAUAUAAUAUUUCAAUAUUUCUGUCCGUAUAUCUGACUCUUCUUUAGAUCAAAUGUGGUUGAGAGGACUAAAAGAAUUGGAAGUGUCAGUGCCUUAGCUCUGCGUUUCCCGUAUAACCUCACAGUAUGAUGUGUCAAUCAAAAGUACCUGCUGACGGCAACGGGAGACGGAUUGUUUAUUUUGCGUCAAACAACCUGAACAUUUUCCUUUUGAAAGCUGAACUGGACAAUUUUUCGCUCCGUCCUUUAUAUUAAAUUUUUUGUUGAAGAAUCACAUGGUGGCCUGUAAAAAAGAAACAAACUCUGAAGUGCCUCUUCUUUAUGGGAAACUGCAACAGGACCCAGGAUGCAGUGGGGUUUUUAUUUGUAUCUUUUGUUCAAACUGUGUCUUUAUGAGCCCAGAAAACCUCAUUCAAAUCCACUGGAGUCCUUUCAACUGGUGAUGUAUUUCUGAACCCAUCAUAUGUACUAUUCAUAUCCAUGAUUCUAAUCCCAGUCUAAAUUAUGUUUCGGCUCAAUCAAGGAGACUUUGUACCUUUAUCAACAACCAGAUGUUUCCUGCAUGUUUCAUGAUAAUCAUGAAAGUGAUAAUCUACCUUUAAGAUGAGAUAGAAAGGAAAAGUUGAACACGUCUCAGGCUGGAUGAAGGUCCAGCCAAGCUGGAUUCGUCUUACAAAUCAAAACAAUUUUGCCGUUGUCUUCCUGUGAUAAGACAUUUUCAAAGUUUAUUUUUCUAUGAAUCAAAAAGAAAAAGAAAAUUGCUGCCUUUUCUCCCUCAUGCUGCCUUCAUUAACCACUGCUGUCACUACAAGUAAACAGGAAGACAGUAAAGACACCAGCUGUUGUUCUGCAACAUUCCAACGGCUCAACCUGUCAGUCACAGAUCAGGGUUUUUAUAUUUAUAGUUGCAAAAAAAGAGGUAAACAGUAAAGGGCUCCAAAGAGAGUUGUUUUUUAAUUUGCUGUUUUUUUACUUCUUAUGAUACCAAAAAUAUGUGUAGUCGUGUCUUUGUACUAUCUUCGUUAAUUUAAGAAAACAAUGCAAUGUGUACAUAUCCUCCAGAAGAUAGUUUUUCUAUUUAAUUUUGCCUUUUGUAAAUAAUUUUGUAUUUAUGAAAGAGAAUUGUAUAUAUAUGUCUAUGUUAAUGUGCCUGUUGUCUCAGUCAGAAUGAAGAAAUAUAUUUUUUCAUAAAUAAAUUUGAAAAAUAACAUUGUGUUCACAUUAUUUCUUGUGUUUAGUGUCUUUCAGCUCUCAUAGCACCAAUGAUCUUUUAACACCACAUAUGUGGUAUAAUAAGGUAAUGAAUGGGAGGAUGAGCACCACAAGGCUUUCAUUUGUAUAUCGGGGCACAACAUUACUUCAUUUUACCUGGAAAGAAAUGUGGGAACUGCUCAGUAAAUACAAUACAAGAUGUGCUAUCACAAGAACUGCUGCAUGUCUUUGGACUGUGGGAGGAAGCAGGAGAAACCGUACAGAACCCACGCUGAUUAUGAGGCGACAGCGCUAGCCACUACACCACCAUGCAAACCUUUCUAAUAAUCUCUGUAAAUUACUCAAUCACAUGCAUGUUAAACCAGUGUUUUAUACCUGGGCCUUCAGUGCUGUCCUACUACA